AUGUUGGUGUCGCCCCGUGGUUUGUUGCGUUUUGCGCUGGCCUCCGUGCCGCUGGCCUCCGUCGCGACAGCCAAGAAGAACUUGAUCAUCGACACCGAUCUGUUCUCCGACGUGGACGAUGCCGGCGCGCUUCUCCUGGCCGCUACCUCCAGCAAAGUGAACCUCCUUGCUGUCAAUGUCAAUUACCCCAGCUCUUACUCAGCCCUGGCUGCCUCAGCCAUCCUCGCCCACUACGGCCAUGAGGAUGUUCCCGUUGGCGUCAUGCGUCCCCUGACCAAUGAAUCCUUCUUCGACGACUUCUACUUUGAGCUGGGUGAGUACGCAAGCAAGGUCGCUUACCAUUGGUCUGGCGGAUCGCUGUCAUGGGGUGAUGCCGGCUCUGCUUGGGACCCGGUCUCGCUUUACAGGAAAGUCCUGGCCGAACAAGAAGACAGUAGCGUGACCAUUGCGUCCAUUGGUUUCUUCGACAACCUUUCCGGGUUGCUGAACUCCACCGCCGACGCGUACUCCAACAGUUCCGGUCUCGAACUCGUCCAAAGUAAAGUUGCGGAGCUCGUCAUUAUGGGCGGCGGAUACCCAUCUGGCUAUGAAUACAACUUUUGGGGCUCGAAUAGCUCGCUGACUGCACACGUGGUGAAUAACUGGCCGGGCAAAAUGACGUUUUCAGGGAGCGAACUGGGCGGGAACGUGACGUCUGGCGCCUCUCUGACUGUCGAGGCUCCUGCAGGCGACCCAGUUGCCGCCGCUUACCGCUGGUACACCGGAUACAAUGUUUCGCGAUUCAGCUGGGAUCCUCUUACCGUUCUCUAUGCCUGUGAAGGGACGGCCGACCUCUUCGAGUAUGCAAACGAGUUCGGCUACAACCACGUGCAUCCGAACGGAAGCAACAACUGGGUCUACGAUGAGACGGCGACGAACCAGCAUUGGUUGCAAUUGAAGGUGGAUAAUGAGACGGUUGCCCGGAAGCUGGACCGUCUUUACUUAGAGGGAGCUGUCUCCGCACUUAGUUAA